GAGAGCGCGAGUGAGUCAGGGUCAGGACGUCGUCUGCUACGGCUGUCAGCGGCGGCACACGGUGAGAGGCAGACCAUACGAAGUGGUGCUCUGCAAUAUCCGACAUUCCUCGCGGCACUUGGGCAUUUUCCAUCAAAGAUCAGUGCCGGACUUACCGUUUAAGUGUGUCGCAGUUGUCCAAGCAUCCAACCAUCACCAUGGAGUCCGUAACAAUGCCCAAUUAUUCAUACGUUUUUAAAUUCGAGGAGGACUUCGACACGCUAGAAAAGCGGCGAUGGAUGCGAGAAAAUUGGAUGAUGUGUUUCUACUACAUUGGAGCGUACAUGAUCGUCAUCUACGGUGGCCAGUUAUACAUGCAGACGCGGCCGAGGUUCGAGCUGAGGAUACCACUGUUCAUGUGGAACGUGUUCUUGGCGGUGUUCUCCAUCUGGGGGGCCUACCGCAGUGCCCCCGAGCUCCUCUAUGUGCUCAACAACCAUGGCUUUCACUACUCCGUCUGUAUCCCAGGACCAAGCCUGUAUUUGCACCCCCACAAGUAUUCUAAAACUUGUGAGGACACAUUCGACCAAAUUUGUUUCCUGGACAACCGAGUGGGAGGUUUCUGGAACUGGAUGUUUACCCUGAGCAAGGUCCCUGAGCUGGGCGACACAGUAUUCAUUGUCCUGAGGAAGCAGCCACUCAUCUUCCUCCACUGGUACCACCAUGUUACCGUCCUGCUCUACGCCUGGUAUUCUUAUUCCGACUACAUUGCCACCGCCCGCUGGUUUGUCUGCAUGAACUACCUGGUCCAUAGUGUCAUGUACAGCUACUAUGCCCUCAAGGCUCUCAAGUUCCGUGUCCCACGCUGGAUCUCCAUGGGAAUCACCACUGCACAGCUAGCUCAGAUGGUCAUGGGUGCCGCCGUCAACAUCUGGGCCUACCAGGUGAAGCAGGCAGGAAACGAGUGCCAUGUCUCCUAUGACAACAUCAAGAUUUCCCUCCUAAUGUACAUCUCAUACUUCGUCUUGUUUGCACACUUCUUCUGCCGUGCCUAUGUUGUCAAAAGCGAUAAGCAGGUUGGAGCCGCACAGGACAAGAAAGGCUCCUUGUCCUAUGAAGGCAAAAGCACAAAGGGCAAAGUGGAAUAACCACUUGCAGGUUAAGCUUUUGGUUAAUAGGAUGUCACAUUUCAAUAGUUUUAUGUCCGUCUCACAAACAAAUAGAGGAAAGUGGUCACCCAUUGAUAAUUACUUUGAAUAUUUUUUAAAAAGAAGCAUUUAUGGUAAUGUGCAAGAAGUUAUUCUCUGACUUUCCGUAAAAUACACCAGCUAGACUGUUGCAGUUUGGAAACAAAAUAUUUGAAUGAUUGGUUCAGACUAAAGCACAAGCAACCAGUUUUGAAUGCCACCUUUUAAGAUUUACUUAUGAACCAGUGAGAUGAAUACUGUAUUGCUAAAAACAUCCGACAUAGAAUGGAAAACUUGAAUAUAUUUUUAAAACAGCAGUUAAUGAUGAUAAUGAUAGAUCUACAUGGUGUUAUUACAAAGUAUGAUCUUCUCUUCCCUCCAUGCAUUUGAGGAAUAUUGUGAAUAAUUUCUUAGAAUGCUGAUACUGAAUAUUAUCUUUUAAUAUUGUACUUUCUUUCAUAAACUGUCAGGUGUCCAUAUCUCAUAGUAUGGGAUGUUGUAUGCACAAGUAAAAGUAUUUACAUUUUUCAUGAAGCUCUUGUCUUCUGAAGUUCAUGCUCUUUCUGCUUCCUGUUCUUAUUUAGAAUCUGAUAUUUCUUAUUCUAAUUGUUGUCAAUGUUUUAAGAUAAAACAUAUUUGGAAAAUCUUGCAUGCUUUUGAUCAGGUGACUGAUUGCCCAGAGAGAAUCCAAGUCCUGAUCUGAAAAAGGAUUACUUGAUCAGGUUGUGAUAUGAGGAACAAAUUCUUGGGGUCCAUAACUCUAGUGUACUCAUCAUGUUUUCUGAUGAAAAUGUUACAUUUUCAUAUAUUUCUUCCCCCUCCCCUCAUUUUUUUUUUCUCAUGUAAUUUUUCUCCCAUGACAGGAAAAGGAACUUCAUUAACACUUCUGCGAAAGUGACAACCCUUUCUUAGCCAAAACAUUCCCCAAAUGUCACCUCCUUUCCGUCUUCCUUUGAUCUCUCAGAUGCAUUCCCUUGUCUACAUGAUUAUCUAUGUCAGAGAGGUAUUUGUAGGUGCUGAUCAAGGAAGUGUUUGUGGCAUACUUUUUAUACAUGAGAUGGUUUCAGUCUCUAUUUUUUUCUUUUUUUAUGCCUAUUUAGUAUUUUUCAUCUGCUUUUUUUAAAUAUGUUUGUGAGACGAUGCUUUUAUGUCUCACCUGUUUUUGUACGAGUAAUGUAUCAACACUAAAAAAAGAACGCCUUGUAUGAUUAUUUUUUUCUCCUUUUAAAUGGUCACUGGCUUUAAGUAUUCUUUGUGUUAUGUGUAAAAUGGUCAUAUUCCAUUAUUCCAGUAUUAAACCAGUGUUUUCUCGCAUUUCUUUUAUUUUCUAUGCACUAAUGUCUGAGUAAGAGUUGACCGCAUUGCUAUUUCCUUCACGGAAGAUACCUCAAUCCUAAUUUUAUAAUGUCGCAUCGAAGCUAUGAAUGAUAUUGUAAGAAUUAAUAAUAUGAAAAAUAUUUAAACAAGCAGUCUCAGUGCAGAUCUCAUUAAAAGCUUGAGAAGUAACUGGAGUCCACAAAGGUAUGGUAGUCAUCUUUCAUUAUACUGUUAUGUAUCAGAUAAGUCCUUAAAAUCAGCUUAGACUUUUGUGAGAAAUUCUAGAAUGAAUAUUUAGUAAUACUAAGAAAAGUAGAUGUACAAGAGUUUCUAGAACAGCUUUUUAAUGAAAUUCUGAUAUCUGGUGGAUUCUCUUUGCAUCGUACUUCUGUUGUUGAUUUAUAUAUGUUUACUUGCAAGAGCCUUUGCUUUCUAAUGCAAUCUUUAAGAUGGUGUUCAUAAAAUUGUAAGGUAACACAGGGUUAAGGCGGCUACAAAUUUGUUAUGAGGAAAUAUUUUUCUAGUAACAUAUUCUGAAUCUGCUAUGGUUUUCCCUAGAUGUUCCAAUUUAUUCAGAAUGUUGGUAGUUUUACUUUCCUAUAAUGCAAAAACUUCAUCCAGUGUAGAGCAUUCAGUAGUAUUUGGUAUGAAUUAAUGAUAUUAAGUUCACUUUAACUAAAGCUGUUUAUUAAAGAGGGCAACAUUUUCAGAAAUUAAGAAUGAUAAGAUCUUGUGAAAUACCUUUGUUGGUGAAAAUUAUUUGUGGAUGAUUACUGUACUGAUAUUUUUGGUUGUACUAUUUUGGCAUUGUAUACUGUAAUCUUUUCAUAUCAGCAAAAAAAUUAUUUCUUUAGAUUAUAACCUUAAACUGAUAAAUAGGUUUAGCAUUAUAAACUGGAGAACAUGUAGUUAAAGGUUGAAAAAUAACUUGUUAAUAAUAUGACCAGUGAAAUUGGUGGUUUUGAGCUUACAGGAUCUCUCUAAAAAGUUGCAUUUACAUGUAAAGUCUUGUGACAACAACUUAUUCUUUUCAUUUUUCUUUCAAACAUUCCUUGUUAGUUGGCGUCUGCACAAAAUAAGUAUAUACAUUUUGUAAGAAACUUAGACGUGUUAAUGUCUUAGUAGUAAUAUAUUUUUUGAACAUGGUAUUUUUUCAGACCAAACCAUAUUUGGAAGUCUGAGUAAAAGUUAUCACUCUCUUGUGGAUUAAUAAUUAUGUGGUGACUUUCAAGUAUAUGCACAAAGCUUCUUGUCCUGAAAUCAAGCUGUCUUCUUGUCAAUCAGUUUUUUGAGCAACAAAAGUGGCAUAAAUGCAGAUAACUGUACACUUUUUAUGCUCCAUCAUACAUGUUUUCACAAAAGUCAUGAUUUCCCUUGCAAUAUUUCUGCCUCAGGAGUUGCAGAAUAAAUUAUAUCAGUAUGUGGAAUAUUGCAAAUGAAAUAUGAAAUUAACCCCAUAAGAGCACUAGUGUUAGUAGAUCCUGCUUCCACCCAGCCAAGGGUGAUAAGCACUCUCCUUGCCAUACUCCAAAGUAGCAGUGAUGUUCUCUAGCUCAAAGUGCUGUUUCCACAGAUACACAGAUGCGUGUGGCUUCCUAGGAGGGUAGUCACAGUUCGUUAACUUAAUGGUAGAUUGCUGAUCCAUUGCUAUUGGUAGGAACCAAUGUGUAAUUUAUAAUGUUCUCCUGAGCUAUGCU